AUGUCUUCGUUAUCGAAGAUCCAUAAACGCCACGGUUAUGGAAAAGAUUCUCAUACAUACUACCCCAUUGUCAUCAUUGGGGCAGGAGAAUCAGGCAUCGCGAUGGGCUGUCGGCUGAAAGAAGUUUUGGGCUUUGACCAGUUCCGAAUCUUCGAUAGACAAUCUGGUAUUGGUGGCACAUGGUGGAUCAACCGUUACCCAGGAGUUGCUUGUGAUAUACCAGCUGCUUUAUACUCUUUCUCAUUCUCCCUGAAAACGGACUGGACAUCACUGCUCCCACCGGGACCAGAGAUGGCGCAGUAUUUGGCCGAUGUCUGCGAGAAAUACUCAAUCGUGGACAAGAUCCAACUCAAUACCGAUGUCAAAGAGAUCCGGUGGAUUGAAGAGGCGGAAGAGUGGGAAGUUACCCUGUCAUACCUUGCCCUCGGUACCGGGGAUCUGGCACAAAGUGACCGUGAUGUGCUGGUCGCCAGGGAAGGCCGACACAGUGUCUAUGUCGGGACGGAGACUGUACGCACCAAGAUCGUGGUCAGUGGUGUCGGAGGGCUCGUGGAACCCAAGACAUGGCCUCGGGACAUUCCCGGAAUUGAAAGUUUCGAGGGCGAUAUUAUGCACACUGCGAGGUGGAAUCCAAACAUUGACUUGCGAGGGAAGGACGUGGUUGUCAUUGGAUCUGGCUGCAGUGCAGCCCAAGUGAUUCCAGAGAUAAUCAAGCCAGAUUUUGGCGCGAAAUCGGUCACACAGCUCAUGAGGUCACCCCCUUGGGUUCAGACCAGCCUCCCACCGGAGGCGAUUGAAGCUUUCGACAAAUACUCACCGAUGUUCAUGAAAAAUGUUCCUGGUCUUGCUCGCGCUUUCCGGAAUUUGCUAUUCAGCGCCUUCGAAUUCAACUUUUUCCAAAUGUUCACGGAUAACAGCUUUGGCCGAUUUUUCCGCCCUUUGGCUGAACAGCAGUUCCUGAGCAAGAUGCGCUCGAUUGCACCCGAAAAAUAUCACGAUAUUCUGACUCCUAACUACAGUCUCGGCUGUAAACGGCGAAUUCUUGGUGGCCAGUGGUAUCGCUCUUUGAAUGCCCCGAAUGUUGAUUUGACAACGUUGCGCCUCACGAGUGUUCAGCCGAAUUGUGUAACACUGGGACCAGGUCGACACUACCCAGCAGGUGGUACUGAACCAGAGGACGAGGUGAAACAGGUUCCAGCAGAUGUCAUUGUGAUGGCGAACGGGUACCAGACCAACAAAUGGCUACACCCUAUGCGAGUGGUUUGUCGAGGUGGUAAGACUUUGGACGAAAUCUGGGAGGAGCGAGGAGGAGCGCAGGCAUAUCUGGGUAUUGCCAUGGACCACUGCCCAAAUUUCUUCAUGCUCUUUGGGCCAAACACAGCCACUGGCCAUAACAGUGUCAUUUACGCAUCAGAGAAUGCGGUCAACUACUCACUGAAUUUCAUAAAGCCGAUCUUAGAUGGUCAUGUCAGUACAUAUGAGGUUACCGAGGAAGCCGAGCGAAACUGGACCAAGAAGCUUCAAAACGGCCUGCAGAACACUGUGUUCCGACGGGGGGCAUGCACGAGCUGGUACCAGACUGAAGGUGGCUGGAAUUCCUCAUCUUACCCUUUCUCUCAAAUUGAUUACUUCUUCCGAUGCACGUUUCCUGUAUGGGGUCAUUGGAUAGCCAAGUACACGCCUAAGGGCCUCUGGAUGCAUCGUUUCGCAUUUGCAUUCAAAGGAUUGUCGCUUGUCUCGUCUAUCUCUGGGCUUCUCUGGUUAAGAAAGUAUCCUCAGUAUGCUCAACAGUUGACUCAAUUUGUUUUCAAUGCUCAAGGCUCGAUAGUCUCCGCUGCUCGGGAUCUCCUGCAGCAUGCACACAAACUGCUUGGGUGA